AUGAGUAUGGACGCAGAAAUGGAGUGUUUUGGCCCAGCCGCCAUUUACCUCCGAAAACCAGAGAGAGAAAGAAUUGAAGCUCAGAACACUCCAUUCGAUGCCAAAACAGCUUACUUUGUGGCUGAAUCGAAUGAGAUGUACUUGAAGGGAAAAUUGGUGAAGAGAGAAGGUGGCAAAGCUACUGUGGAAUCUCUCUGUGGAAAGUCCCUCACUGUAAAAGAGGAUGACAUAUUCCCUAUGAAUCCUCCAAAGUUCGAUAAGAUCGAGGACAUGGCCAUGAUGACCCACCUCAGUGAGCCCGCUGUGCUGUAUAACCUCAAAGAGCGUUACGCAGCCUGGAUGAUCUACACCUACUCUGGGUUGUUCUGCGUCACUGUGAACCCCUACAAGUGGCUCCCUGUGUACGACUCUGUGGUUGUAGCAGGAUACAGAGGCAAAAAGAGGGUCGAGGCUCCACCGCACAUCUUCUCCAUCUCUGAUAAUGCCUAUCAGUUCAUGCUCACGGACCGUGAAAAUCAGUCCAUCCUGAUCACUGGAGAAUCCGGUGCAGGAAAGACUGUCAACACCAAACGUGUCAUCCAGUACUUUGCGACAAUUGCAGUUGCUGGAGGAAAGAAAACUGAGCAAACUGCUGGAAAGAUGCAGGGGUCGCUGGAGGAUCAAAUCAUUGCAGCCAAUCCCCUGCUGGAGGCUUAUGGUAAUGCCAAAACUGUGAGGAAUGACAAUUCAUCCCGCUUUGGUAAAUUCAUCAGAAUCCACUUUGGAACAACUGGGAAGUUGGCCUCCGCGGACAUUGAAACUUAUCUGCUGGAGAAGUCUCGGGUGACGUUCCAGCUGUCAGCUGAGAGAAGCUACCACGUCUUCUAUCAGCUCAUGACCGGCCACAGGCCCGAGCUGCUGGAGGCUCUGCUGAUCACAACCAACCCAUACGACUAUCCCAUGAUCAGUCAGGGUGAAAUUACUGUCAAGAGCAUCAAUGAUGUUGAAGAGUUUCUUGCCACUGAUACUGCUAUCGACAUCCUGGGCUUCAGUGGAGAAGAGAAAAUCGGUAUGUACAAGCUGACUGGAGCUGUGCUGCAUCACGGAAACAUGAAAUUCAAGCAGAAACAGCGUGAGGAGCAGGCUGAGCCUGAUGGCACUGAGGUGGCUGAUAAAAUCUCCUAUCUCAUGGGCCUGAACUCCGCGGACCUGCUGAAGGCGCUGUGCUACCCAAGGGUCAAAGUGGGAAAUGAGUAUGUCACUAAAGGUCAGACUGUUCCACAGGUACACAAUUCAGUCAUGGCUCUCUGCAAGUCUGUCUAUGAGAAAAUGUUUCUGUGGAUGGUCGUCAGAAUCAAUGAGAUGUUAGACACGAAGCAGCCCAGACAGUUCUUCAUCGGUGUGCUCGACAUUGCUGGGUUUGAAAUUUUUGAUUUCAACAGCUUGGAGCAGCUGUGCAUCAACUUCACCAAUGAAAAGCUGCAACAGUUUUUCAACCACCACAUGUUUGUCCUGGAGCAAGAAGAGUACAAAAAAGAGGGUAUUGAAUGGGAGUUCAUUGACUUUGGUAUGGACUUGGCUGCCUGCAUUGAGCUGAUAGAGAAGCCAAUGGGCAUUUUCUCCAUCCUUGAAGAGGAGUGCAUGUUCCCCAAGGCUACAGACACGACCUUCAAAAAUAAGUUGUAUGACCAACAUCUUGGUAAAAGCAAGUCCUUUGAGAAGCCAAAGCCAGCCAAAGGCAAAGCUGAGGCUCACUUCUCUUUGGUGCACUAUGCUGGCACCGUGGACUAUAACAUUGUUGGAUGGCUUGACAAAAAUAAAGACCCACUGAAUGACUCAGUUGUUCAACUCUACCAGAAGUCCUCAGUUAAGCUGUUGUCAUUCCUGUAUGCAUCCCAUGCCUCAGCAGAAGCUGAGAGUGGUGGUGGCAAGAAAGCUGGCAAAAAGAAGGGCGGUUCCUUCCAGACUGUGUCUGCACUCUUCAGGGAGAACUUGGGAAAGCUGAUGACAAAUUUGAGGAGCACACACCCACAUUUUGUGCGCUGCUUGAUCCCCAAUGAAUCGAAGACACCAGGCCUGAUGGAGAACCACCUCGUCAUCCACCAGCUGAGGUGUAACGGUGUGCUGGAAGGCAUCAGGAUCUGCAGAAAGGGCUUUCCAAGCAGAAUCCUCUACGGUGACUUCAAGCAGAGGUAUAAAGUACUGAAUGCUAGUGUCAUCCCAGAGGGUCAGUUUAUUGACAAUAAGAAGGCCUCUGAAAAACUACUUGGUUCCAUUAAUGUGGAUCACUCUCAGUACAAGUUUGGCCAUACUAAGGUGUUCUUCAAAGCCGGCUUGUUGGGAACUCUGGAGGAGAUGAGGGACGAGAAACUGGCUGAGCUGGUCACAAUGACCCAGGCCCUUUGCAGAGGCUUCCUAAUGAGACGAGAGUUUGUCAAGAUGAUGGAAAGGAGAGAUGCCAUUUUCUCAAUUCAGUACAACAUUCGCUCAUUCAUGAAUGUCAAAACUUGGCCAUGGAUGAAGUUGUACUUCAAAAUAAAGCCUCUUCUGAAGAGUGCAGAGACUGAGAAGGAGAUGGCUCAAAUGAAAGAAGACUUUGAAAAAACCAAAGAGGACCUAGCAAAGGCUUUAGCUAAGAAGAAAGAACUUGAAGAAAAAAUGGUUUCCCUGCUGCAGGAGAAGAAUGACCUGCUGUUGCAAGUGCAGUCUGAAAGUGAGAAUUUAUCUGAUGCAGAGGACAGGUGUGAAGGACUCAUCAAGAGUAAGAUCCAGCUCGAGGCCAAACUCAAAGAGACGUCUGAGAGGCUGGAGGAUGAGGAGGAGAUCAAUGCUGAGUUGACAGCAAAGAAGAGGAAGCUGGAGGACGAGUGCUCUGAGCUGAAGAAAGACAUUGAUGACUUAGAACUCACCCUUGCCAAAGUGGAGAAGGAAAAACACGCCACUGAGAACAAGGUCAAAAACCUGGUUGAAGAAAUGAGUUCUCAAGAUGAGACCAUUGCGAAAUUGAGCAAGGAGAAGAAAGCCUUCCAAGAGGCCCAUCAGCAGACUCUUGAUGAUCUUCAAGCAGAGGAAGACAAAGUCAACACUCUGACCAAGUCCAAGACCAAGCUGGAACAGCAAGUGGAUGAUCUUGAAGGUUCUCUGGAGCAAGAAAAGAAGCUCCGUAUGGAUCUUGAGCGAGCUAAGAGGAAGCUUGAAGGGGAUCUUAAACUGGCCCAAGAAUCCAUAAUGGAUCUGGAGAAUGACAAACAGCAGUCUGAGGAAAAAAUAAAGAAGAAAGACUUUGAGGUGAACCAGCUCCUAAGUAAGAUUGAGGAUGAGCAGACCCUUGGAAUUCAGCUGCAGAAAAAGAUUAAAGAACUGCAGGCACGUAUUGAGGAGUUGGAAGAGGAGAUCGAAGCUGAGCGGGCUGUUCGGGCCAAAGUGGAGAAACAGAGGUCCGAUCUCUCCAGGGAACUUGAAGAGAUCAGUGAGCGUCUGGAGGAAGCCGGCGGAGCGACUGCUGUUCAAAUUGAGAUGAACAAGAAGCGCGAAGCUGAGUUCCAGAAGCUGCGUCGUGACCUAGAAGAGGCCACCCUGCAGCACGAGGCCACCGCCGCAGCUCUCCGCAAGAAGCAGGCUGACAGCGUGGCAGAGCUGGGAGAACAGAUCGAUAACCUGCAGCGUGUCAAACAGAAGCUGGAGAAGGAGAAAAGUGAAUACAAGAUGGAGAUCGAUGACCUCUCAAGCAAUAUGGAGGCCAUUGCCAAAACAAAGGGAAAUCUUGAAAAGAUGUGCAGGACAUUAGAAGAUCAGCUGAGUGAGCUCAAAUCCAAGAAUGAUGAAAAUGUCCGUCAACUAAAUGACACGAGUGUACAAAGAGCUCGAUUGCAAACUGAAAACGGUGAAACUGCACGGCAGCUGGAAGAGAAAGAAGCGCUUGUUUCUCAGCUGACAAGAGGCAAGCAGGCUUACACGCAGCAGAUCGAAGAGCUGAAGAGACACAUCGAAGAAGAAGUUAAGGCCAAGAAUGCCCUGGCUCACACCGUUCAGUCAUCUCGCCAUGACUGUGACCUGCUCAGAGAGCAGUAUGAGGAGGAGCAGGAGGCCAAAGCUGAGCUGCAACGUGCAAUGUCCAAGGCCAACAGUGAGGUGGCACAGUGGAGAACCAAAUAUGAGACUGAUGCCAUCCAGCGCACCGAGGAGCUGGAGGAGGCAAAGAAGAAGCUUGCUCAGCGUCUCCAGGACGCAGAGGAGUCCAUUGAAGCUGUGAAUGCUAAAUGUGCCUCUCUGGAAAAGACAAAACAGCGUCUGCAGGGUGAGGUGGAAGAUCUGAUGAUUGAUGUGGAGAGAGCUAAUGCUCUGGCUGCCAACCUUGACAAGAAGCAGAGGAACUUUGAUAAGGUUCUUGCUGAGUGGAAGCAGAAGUAUGAGGAGAGCCAGGCCGAGCUGGAGGGGUCUCAGAAGGAGGCACGCUCUCUAAGCACGGAGUUGUUCAAAAUGAAAAACUCCUAUGAAGAAGCUUUGGACCAGCUGGAGACCCUGAAGAGGGAGAACAAGAACCUGCAACAGGAAAUCUCGGAUUUGAGUGAACAGCUUGGAGACACCGGUAAAACAAUUCAUGAGCUUGAGAAAGGGAAGAAGACGUUGGAAAGUGAGAAAUCAGAAAUCCAGACGGCUCUGGAAGAAGCUGAGGCGACAUUGGAGCAUGAAGAAUCCAAAAUUCUCCGUGUUCAACUUGAGCUCACCCAAGUCAAGAGUGAAACUGAGAGAAAACUUACAGAGAAAGAUGAGGAGAUGGAGCAGAUGAAGAGGAACAGUCAGAGAGUGAUUGAGUCCAUGCAGAGCACUUUGGACUCUGAGGUGAGGAGCAGGAACGAUGCCCUGAGAAUCAAGAAGAAGAUGGAAGGAGAUCUUAAUGAGAUGGAGGUCCAGCUGAGCCAUGCCAACCGCCAGGCAGCUGAAGCCCAGAAACAGCUGAGAAACGUCCAGGGACAACUUAAGGAUGCUCAACUUCAUCUUGAUGAUGCCAUAAGAAGCCAGGAAGACAUGAAGGAGCAGGUAGCCAUGGUGGAGCGCAGGAACAACCUGAUGAUGGCUGAAAUCGAGGAGUUGAGAGCUGCACUGGAGCAAACAGAGAGAGGCCGCAAAGUUGCUGAACAGGAGCUGGUUGAUGCCAGCGAGCGUGUGGGGCUGCUGCAUUCACAGAAUACCAGCCUCAUCAAUACCAAGAAGAAGCUGGAAGCUGACCUUCUUCAGGUCCAAGGCGAAGUAGAAGAUUGUGUUCAGGAAGCAAGAAAUGCUGAAGAAAAGGCCAAGAAGGCCAUCACUGAUGCUGCCAUGAUGGCAGAAGAACUGAAGAAGGAGCAGGACACCAGUGCUCAUUUGGAGAGGAUGAAAAAGAACCUGGAAGUCACCGUGAAGGACCUGCAGCACCGCCUGGAUGAAGCAGAGAAUCUUGCCAUGAAGGGCGGCAAGAAGCAGCUCCAGAAACUGGAGGCCAGGGUUCGUGAGCUUGAAGCCGAAGUUGAAGCUGAGCAGCGACGAGGUGCAGAAGCUGUCAAAGGUGUUCGGAAAUAUGAGAGAAAAGUGAAGGAGCUCGCUUACCAGACCGAGGAGGAUAAAAAGAAUGUCAGCAGACUUCAGGAUCUGGUGGACAAGCUGCAGCUGAAAGUGAAAGCAUAUAAGAGACAAUCUGAGGAGGCUGAGGAGCAGGCCAACACUCACAUGUCCAAGCUCAGGAAGGUUCAGCACGAGCUGGAAGAAGCUCAGGAGCGAGCCGACAUUGCCGAGUCUCAGGUCAACAAACUGAGGGCCAAGAGUCGUGAAAUUGGAAAAGGAAAGGAUGAAGAAUGAGCUGCAACGUCUGUGGGAGAUGAAAUGAGAAUCAUAAAAUAUGGUUUUCCAUUGAAAUGCGCUCACUUAAUAAAUACCUAUGUGCAAUAAAUUCUGUUGUCAGUCA